AUGGGAUUCAAAGAGAAAUUAAACCAGAUAUUUUACGCCCUCAGUACCGAGGAUAGGUACGCUGAUUAUGAUUCACAUAACCAUCACAUUAGAACUGCGGGAAAUCAAGAAGAAUCAGCUUCACCUGCUGGAAUUCAAUUGAAUGAUGCUGAUGGGUUUCAAGAUGAUGGUGGUGAUGAUUCAGGACUUCAUCACUCUACUGAAGGUGUCAGUGAAACUAUUUUGGCUUGGAGACAUAUUGAAACUUGGACUUCCGAAAAUCAUACCGAUUUGAACGCUUCAUUAUCAGAUCCAUGUACUAGAACAGAUAUAACCAAAGCUGAACAAGAUUUAGGAAUUGCUUUACCACCUCCAGUUAGAGCUUCUUUACGUAUACAUGAUGGUCAAGAAGAUUUGGAUAGUUUAACAGGUAUUGGUGGGUUAUUCUUUGGUUUACAACUGAUGAACUUGGAUGAAAUUGUUCAUAUGACUAAAACUUGGAGAUUAGUUGCUGAUAGAAUCAAUUUAGAUAUUGAAGUUAAAAAGAAUAAAGCUGCUACUGAAUCAUUAAUUUCUCCAGCUGGUUCAUCUACUGAAGUUGACAAGACUAAAUCAACCACUUCAUUAAAUGAAACUCAUAAAGGUUUUAAACCAGUUGAAGGAACUGAUUACAAGAAUUUGGAUCCAGAUUUAGAAAGAAAAAUUUCAUCAAACAAUUCAAAAAGAUUCAAAUCACAUAUCCCAAAACAAUUUUCAUGUCCUCCAGGUGCUAUACAUGCUGUAUAUGCUCAUUCUGGCUGGGUUCCUUUAGUUACUGAUAACUCUGGUAACCAUAUUGGUGUUGAUUUAGCUCCAGGUAAAAAAGGUACAUGGGGUCAAGUUAUCUUGUUUGGUAGAGAUUUUGAUACAAAAUUCGUCCUGGCUCCAAAUUGGGGUGAUUUCUUGUUAAUCUUUGCUAAAGAUCUCGAAAAUGGUAAUUAUAUUAUCCGUGAAGAAGAUGAUGUCUUUGCAGGUGAAGGUGAAGUUGCAUUCUUUGAUAAAAAAAUCAAUAGAGAAGUUCCAUAUUUACAAGUUUUGGCUCAAAGAGUUAUUAACCAA